AUGGACACAGACACCUUACAGAUGUCAGAAAGAUUAUUUUCUUCCAUCAAAGCCUGUGUACAAUGUGAAAUUUCCAAGGGGCUCUCUUCCAUGUCCCACACAAUUUCUAUCUGACUCGGGGAGGUACGUUCUUUCCCCUUUGGUGGGUUUACUGGCCAGAUUCGGGCAAAGCUUGUGGAGCAAAUAAAAAACGUGGAGCCUCCUCUUGACCCACCCACCAUCCAGCCUCUUUCCUCUUUCUCUUUCUGUCCUGUGGCGAACGUGACUCUGGAUCCAGACACGGCACAUCCCAACCUCAUGCUGUCUGAUGAUCUCAAGAGGGUGAGAUGGGGAAGCAGGAAGCAGGACUUGUUCGAUAACCCUGAGAGAUUUGACUGGGAGCCCUUUGUGCUGGGCCAUGAACGAUUCUCUUCCGGAAGACAUUGGUGGGUGGUGGAGGUGGAGGAGAUGGAAAGUGGACCAUCGGCAAUGGAGACCACGCAAGAGUCGGUCAGGAGGAAGAUUGAGACGGGCUUAAAUCCAGAAGAAGGAAGGGACAGGGAGACAGAAGAGAAGAUGGCUGCAAAGUGGGCAAUGUGGGCAGUGGGAGUUGCCAGAGAGUCUGUCGUAAGGAAAGGAAAAGUCAACCUUAAUCCGAAUGGGGGAAUUUGGGCUCUGGGGAAGGCCCCGCUGGACUCUCUGAGGACCCCACUCUCCUCUUAUCAGGUCACGGCUUUCACUUCCCCAGAGAGGACCCCUGUGGGCCUGAGACAUGAGAUCCAGAAGAUCCAGGUAUCCCUGGACUAUGAAAAAGGCCAUGUGGAAUUUUUUGAUGCUGACACGAAUGACUCCAUUGCCACUUUCUCUCCAGCCUCCUUCUCCGGGGAGAGGAUCCGUCCCUUUUUCUGGGUGUAUUGGGGCGUGAGGUUGAGUUGUUGAACCUGAAAAAAGUCUUGGUGACUGUCUCUUCCUUCCACCAUCAUGAGAAAGAAAAAGGAUCUGUUAUGUAAGCAGCUUCCCCAAACUUGGCACCCUUCAUGCUGCUGGACUAUCAUCUCCUCCCCAAAGCAGGAGGACUGUAUUGUGUGGGGAUAGUGAGAACUAAAAUCCAAUAUAUCUGGAGGGUACACAGUUGAAGAAAACAAGUUUUUAGCUUCAUGAGAGGCAACAUCCAAACUGUGAUUUCUGAACUAGGCUAUCAGACCCUGCAAAGAAGAAACGUGACAGAAAA